ACGGCGGCUCGAGAGUCCUGCGCUCGCACGCGGAACAGAGACGCAGCCUUCGGUCGAGUUCAGAAAACUUUGUAAAUAUUUAUAAAGCGCGAAAACGCAUUCGGAUCGGCCGCACACGCGCUGAGCGGCAUUCAGGCGCCCCAACAAUAGAAGGAAAAUAGUUUCCGAUGAAGGAAAGGCGACUUUGAGCGCUGAUGUUUUGUACUGUCUUCUGCUUCUGAGGAAGACUGUGGAAGUGUGUGUUAGUGGAGAGGUGAUGAAGGUCGAGUUCGCUCCUCUGCGUGUUCCUCUGCGCAGGCGUCUGCAGACAGCUGCGCUCGUGCAGUGGGUCUUCAGCUUCCUAGCUCUGGCUCAGGUCUGUCUGGCGGCGUUUGUGCUCCUCUGCCUCAGUGAUUGGUGGAUUCUGGCCGCGCUGUAUGCUGGUUGGCUGUACCUGGACAGGGACACGCCCUCAUGUGGAGGUCGGAGGUCACGCUGGGUCAGAAGCUGGCGCGUGUGGACGUAUUUCAGGGAUUAUUUCCCCAUCACACUGAUAAAGACGGUGGAUCUGGACUCUCGUCAUAAUUAUCUGUUCGGGUUUCAUCCUCACGGCGUGCUGGUGGCCGGCGGAUUCGGGAAUUUCUGCACGGAAGCGUCAGGAUUCUCUCAGAUGUUCCCGGGACUCACGCCGUACCUGCUGAUGCUGCCCUUCUGGUUCAGAGUUCCCUUCUUCAGAGAAUACAUCAUGAGCGGAGGGCUGGUGUCGAGCGAGAAGGCGAGUGCGAGUUACCUGUUGAGUCGUCCAGGUGGAGGUCAAGCGGCUGUGAUCGCCGUGGGCGGAGCUCCAGAAUCACUGGACGCUCGACCGGGAGCCUUAACCCUUCAGCUGCUGCAGCGCAAGGGCUUCAUUAAACUCGCCCUCAAACAUGGAGCGUGGCUGGUUCCUGUCUUCUCGUUUGGGGAGAACGAGCUCUUCGAUCAGAUGCAGAAUCCCGCAGGCUCCGCCCUCCGCCGAGUGCAGGACCGCCUCCAGAGGAUGAUGGGCGUGGCUUUGCCUCUCUUUCACGCCAGAGGAGUUUUCCAGUACAGCUUCGGUCUGCUGCCCUACAGGAAACACAUUCACACCGUGGUGGGGCGUCCCAUUGCUGUCGCUCAGAAUCCGUGUCCCAGUAAAGACGACAUCGACGCUCUUCACACGCUCUACAUGGAGGCUCUGACGCAGGUGUUUGAAGAGAAUAAAAAGAACUACGGCAUCCCAGAGGACAAGCAUCUCACCUUCAUCUGAACUCUGAGCUGUGUGUGUUUACAGUGAUAAACUAUCAAUGCGGAGGAACUCGAGUUACACUACUACAGAGAAAAUAAUAACGCUAACAAUCUGUCACUGAUUCAGAUCGCUACUGUCAUUUUGGCAGAUUGUGUGUGAGUGUGUGUGUGUGUGUGUGUGAG